GUAAAACAAACAACUACAACAACAGAAAUCGCUUUUUAAGUUUACUUUGGAUCCAGACUUGGACUGGGGUCGUAGUGGGAACUUGGACUUGUAGACUUGAAGCGCGAACCUCAUAUCUGUGGACUCUUGUGCUGUUUCUGCUGUUCGUGUGAGCGAAUGGGGAAGUGAUCGUGAGAGACUCACUGUUAGAGACAGUAUCGAGUGUUUCAGGUGGACGCAGGUCUGGUCUCCAUUGUCCACGUUGUCCAAAUCAUGGAGGCAGCUGACGGAGAAGAGCAGCUCGGAGAUGCUGAUGUUAAAGCACCUCCUAAUGGUGUCAUUAACGAAUUGCGAGAUUUGGGUCAAGACGACAACAUACAGGGCCAGAUGGAGGAGUUUCUGGGCCCUCACUCUGAGUACAAUGAGGAGGAAGAGGAAAAGAAGUACUACCGUAGGAAGAGGCUCGGUGUCAUCAAGAAUGUGGUUGCAGCCAGUGUUGGAGCCAUGAUUGUCUACAGUGUUUACAUGGGUCUUCUUCAGAUGCAGCUCUUGCUCCAUUAUGACACGACCUACAGAGAGGUGAAGUACAGCAACCUCGGCCUGGUGGACAUCGACCGCAAGAUACUGAUGGGCAUCAAUGUCACGCCCAUUGUAGGUCUGCUCUACACCCCCCUCCUCAUCAGGUUUCUGGGAACCAAGUGGAUGAUGUUUCUGGCUUCAGGAAUCUACGCUCUCUUUGUCUCCACCAAUUACUGGGAACGGUACUACACUCUUGUUCCGUCAGCUGUAGCCAUCGGUGCGGUCAUUGUACCACUCUGGGCGUCCUUGGGAAAUUACAUAACCAGGAUGGCGCAGCAGUAUUACGAGUAUGUCAACUACAAGGAAGAGCAUGUGCAGGAACAGAAAAAGCUUCCCAAAGGAGCUUGCCACCGCUACAUCAUCAUCUUCCAGUCUGUCUUUCACAUCAUCUUCUUUUUGAGUUUCAUCUUUGCCCAGUUCCCCAUGCUUGUUGUUCUCAAACUGCUAGACAAUGGUCACAUUCUCUUCAAUGUCAAAGUCUGCGGUGCUCCCAUCAGUGGCCUGAUCCCUGGAUUUAACACCACAAUUCUGUACGUACUUCCACGAUCCAUGCUGCUCAUCCAGGUGGAGAGCGUCCUCAUGGGCUUCGCCUUCCUGGCUAUGAUCAUUUUUCUUGCCUUGUGUGGCGCCGCCUACAGGCCGACAGAAGAGAUUGACCUUCGAAGCAUUGGCUGGGGAAACAUUUUCCAGCUGCCCUUCAAACAUCUGAGGGAUUACCGUCUCCGACUGCUCUGUCCCUUCUUCUUCUACAGUGGCUUUGAAACACUGUUCGCCAUCACUGGGUUUUCUUUGUCCUAUGGAGUCUGCAUCCUGGGCCUGAAUAAGCUCUGGCUCCUCAUUGUGGUCUACGGGUUUUCCUGCUCCCUCUUCUCCAUCCUGUCUCUUCUCCUUCUUCGUUUCCCCCGCUGGAUAUGUCUGGUUGGUGGCGCUGUUGUACAUCUGGUGUUGCUAGUGGCCCUUCAGAUAUUCUCCCUGGUCCGUAAGAAGGACGAGACCUAUUCAGAGUAUUUGCUCCCUCUGCUGGUCAUCUCCGUGUUGUGGGGCCUUGGCACCGCCCUGAACAAGACGGGCCUCAGCACUCUUCUGGGUGUACUGUAUGCUGAAGAGAAAGAACGUCUGGACUUUGUUUACACCAUCUAUCACUGGUGGCAGGCCAUCGCCAUCUUUAUUGUUUACCUCUGGUCCAAGCUGCCUAUGAGGGCCAAACUCUCCAUCCUCAUGGCCUUCCUAAUCUUGUCCUGUUACUGUUACUGGGUGAUGGAGCGUCGGGUGGCUAAGGACGUACGACCCAGACUGCCACGUAUCCCACGUCCACGACACAAGGUCAAAGGUUAUCGCUACCUGGAAGAUGACAACUCAGAUGAGUCAGAUUCUGAGAAAAGUCAAGAGGAAGAGGAGGGAGAGGAUGAUGAGCAGGUGGUGGAAGAGGACAGGGGGGAGAGGGGCCAAGAUGAAUGGGCUCAGAGGGUUGACUCACCCAAAGCCGGGAGGCGGAGGGCAGAAGGUCUGCACCAGGGAGAGGACUCCUCUGGUGGGGAAGGACAGAGAGAUGAGGAGGGGUGGUGAGAGGAGGAGAAAAGAGAAAGGAGAGAGGAGGUGAGACGGUGGAAAAGUGUUUGCAUUUGUAGGUUAAACUGCACUGCACUGUUUCAGGAACCCUUCAGAGCUCUGAAUUCUGUUCUCCACCGGGGCUAGGACACAAACUAGGUCGUGGAUCUUGGUUUCAUAGCUCUAGUAUUUGCUUGUGAGAAGAAACUAUUUCUAGAAAUGUUUGACAGAGGUCAUGAAACUGAGGUGUUGGUGAGAAACUCAAAGCUGUCGUUCACUGUAAUGGUUUGAUAUUUCACAUAUUUGUGUAACUACCUUGUGUAUGGGACUAAAAGUAAUGAAUGUGUUAAUUAUUUUGUUUAUAAGCUGCGCAUUUCUGUUAAGACCAGUAAAGCCAUAUAAUUAGUUUAGUCCUUUAGUCCUUUAGUCCUUUCAUAAAACUAUUUUCUUUUUCGUCUUAUUAAAGAAACAUGCAUUCCACAUAUAAUAAUUAUUAUUAUUUAUUCGAUCUACUUAUUCAAGGAUUUUAAUCAUUUAGAAUUUUGAACCUGAUUGAUCACAUGUUAGUGGUUGAUUUAUCACCGUUGUUCAUGAUUUAUUGAGAUAAAUUAAUAAACUGGGGCUCAGUAGUACAAAAACCAUGUUUAUUGCUAAAAAUGAACUAAAUUCUCUCACAUUUUUUAUCUGUGACUAAUCCAAUUGAUAUAAUUAUUAAUCUGUAAAAAUGUCUCUUCAUAGACUUGGUCAUUACUGUUCAUCUGAACGGUGUCUGGUAGAAAAGAUAUAUAAGUAUCGUCUGUGUAUUUGAGCAAUGAUAACUAGGCAGAAGGUGCAAUUAUGGGAUAUACAGUGACAGUGUAAUGCGUUUUUAAAAAUUAAAUCUAGUGAUUUUCACUAAUUGACUUUUA